AUGGCUUCCAAAGGAAGCGACUUCCUAAGUCUGCUCGUUGCAUCCCGCGCCGUCCUAAACUCCAUCGCACGCACCCAACGGGACGGGGUGGUGCACUAUGCGCGGACGUCGAGUAUCCCACGGGCUGUGUCGGAGGUGUGGGAUGCGAGACGGGCGCAUGGUGUUGGGCAGAAAGUGGGGACGGAGGCAGGACGGGAGGCAGGAGGGGCGGGUAGUGAGCCGGUGACGUACGCGACGCCGGUUGGCGUGAAGAUGGGAGGAGUGGAAGAGGCGGAGAGAGCAGGGGCUAGGGUGUCGACGGCUGGUGUGGUGGAGUUACGGGAAGUAAGCCGACGCCAUUUUGCCAAAAAGACUCCGCCACAAUCGAAACCGGCACCACCGACCCCCGCGACGUAUCCAUCCCCUCUGCUAUCUACGAAAGACGAAGUUCCAGUAACAGCAGCAACACCCACGUCUCCGGCGUCUUCGACAGAUCCGAUAGCGGAUGCGGCUGCCUCGAUACCCGAGUCACCUUUGCAACCGAGGGCGCCGUUGCGGCAGUCGAGAGUGCCUGCGAGUCGGGUUGGGCGGUUGUGGCAUUACGGGAGUCUAGUAGCUGGCGUCGGCGUCGGUACAUUUGGGGAGGCAAUCAAACGCGCAACGGGGAUGUCUGAAGGAGGGGGCAGCCCAGUGUUGAGUCAGAAGAAUGUACAGCGAAUCGUUAGCAAGCUGUCGCAGAUGCGAGGGGCUGCUCUAAAGCUGGGCCAGAUGCUGAGUAUUCAGGACAACUCGAUGCUUCCGAAAGAGUUGGAAGAUAUACUGCUGCGGGUGCAGAAUAGUGCAAACUACAUGCCAGACUCUCAGCUACAGUCUUAUAGUGUACAGUUGACGCUCCGAAAAGAACUGGGCGACGACUGGCGCGCCCAAUUCUCCACCUUCGACAUGAUGCCCCUUGCCGCCGCCUCCAUCGGCCAAGUGCACCGCGCCACCCUCCCCUCCGGCCUCGCCGUCGCCGUCAAAGUCCAAUACCCCGGCGUCGCUUCCAGCAUCGACUCCGACCUCGACAACCUCCGCACCCUCAUCCUCUUCUCCAAUUUCCUCCCCAAGGGCCUCUACCUCGACAAUACCAUCCGCGUCGCGCGCAAGGAACUCGCCUGGGAAUGCGAUUACACCCGUGAAGCCGCCGCUAUGUCCCGGUUCGCAUCCCUCAUCGCCGACGACGCUGAAUCAUACCACGUACCCAAAGUCAUCCCGCACCUCAGCACCCGCCAAAUCCUCACCACGGAGUUCGUCACAGGCACUCCGCUCGGCUCGCCGCUCAUCGCGGCCCUCCCCCAACACACACGGGACUCGAUCGCCGAACGUGUCCUCCGUCUCUGCCUCCGCGAGGUGUUUGAGUUCCGGUUCAUGCAGACCGACCCGAACUGGAGCAAUUUCCUUUACGAUGUCGCCACGGAUCGGUUGCAUCUAUUGGAUUUUGGAGCGGCGAGGGAGUUUAGCGGGGAGUUUGUGGAGGACUAUAGAAAGGUGUUGCAGUGUGCGGCCAAGGGGGAUCGUGAGGGGUGUGCGCAUUGGUCGACGGUGUUGGGAUUCCUCACGGGGGUCGAGAGUGUGCAAAUGACAAACGCCCACGUGAACUCCAUCCUAACCCUCGCCGAGCCCUUCUCGUCCACCUCCCCCACCGUGUACGAUUUCGCAACGCAAGACGUGACGACCCGCGUGCGCGCCGAGAUCCCGCUCAUGCUGCGCGAGCGGCUCACCCCGCCGCCGGACGAGACGUACUCGCUGCAUCGGAAACUGAGUGGGGCGUUUCUGUUGUGUGCGAAGCUGAGGGCGAGGGUUAGGUGUAGGGAGGUUUUUGAGCGGUUUGCUUAUCGGUAG